AUGUCGGAGUCGAAGUCGUUGUUGAUUCUUCUCGUUGCAUAUGCAUUUUGCAGCUCGACUCUCUUGAUUCUCAAUAAAGUUGCGUUGCAGACCAUAAACUCGGGUACAUUUUUGCUCCUACUACAGUGCGUGUUCACUUGUAUGGCUCUUGGGACUCUCGACCAUUUUGGAUUUACUUCGGCUAUUUCGCCUCUGGAGGCAGCCGAGCGCGAGCGAUUUACUGUGGUGGUUGCCCUGUUCGUGACAACUCUAUUUGCCAACAUGAAAUGUCUACAACUCGCAAACGUCGAUACCGUUAUCUGUAUCCGCAUGACGUGUCCUUUGUUAGUGAGUUUGCUCGAUUAUCUCUUUCUUGGAAGGGAGCUGCCCACUCGCACUUCAACCCUAGCAUUGGUUGCAACUUGUGUGAGCUUUGCCUCAUUUUUACUCGUUGAACAGAACUCUUCAUGGAUCACAAUAUUUUGGCUAUCAUUUUGGUACUGUGCUAUGGUAUUUGAGACCGUAUUCGUCAAGUUUGUUGUCAGUGACUCGUCGCUUUCAACAGCGGCACAGUCCUUCUAUCAAAAUUUACUUGCGAUCCCGGUGUUGACAGUGAUAUGGUUUUCCACAGAGAUCCCAACUAGUGUUUUUGAACAAAUUUCUUUGUCUACUUCGGAAUUCUCCUUGGUUCUGUCCACUUGUAUUCUCGGGUUAGGGAUGAGCUACUUGUCGUUUGCUGUGCGUGAACGGGUAUCGGCGACGAGCUUUUCAAUGCUUGGUAAUACGUGCAAGUUGAUAACAAUUCUAACGAAUUAUUUACUAUGGGAAAAACAUGCUACAGGUGUUGGAACUUUUGCAGUCCUUUUCUGUCUUGCAUCCAGUACCUUUUAUCGCCAGGCG